CGGAAAUGAUUCUGGGAGGCCGGGACGACAAGAUGGCAGCGCGAGCAGUGCUGGGGGUCAUGUGCCGGCAUCUCUGGCAGGGUUCAGGGAAAUUAUCUGUAAACUGUUCUAAGAGCAGUACAGCUAAAAAUGGUGGCUUUCUCCACAGUACAAGUAUGAAGUGGGUACAGUUUUCAAAACUACACGUUGAUGUUCCUAAGGAUUUGACCAAGCCUACGAUAACCAUUUCUGAUGAACCAGACACGUUAUAUAAGCACCUGUCAGUUUUAGUAAAAGGCCAUGAUAAGGCUGUAUUGGACAGUUACGAAUAUUUUGCUGUACUUGCUGCUAAAGAACUUGGUAUCUCUAUUAAAGUACAUGAACCUCCAAAGAAAAUAGAGCGAUUUACUCUUCUCAAAUCAGUGCAUAUUUUCAAGAAGCACAGAGUUCAGUAUGAAAUGAGAACUCUUUACAGAUGUUUCGAGUUAGAACAUCUAACUGGAAGUACAGCAGACGUUUACUUGGAAUAUAUUCAACGAAACUUACCUGAAGGAGUUGCCAUGGAAGUCACAAAGACAAAAUUAGAACGGUUACCGGAACACAUAAAGGAGCCAAUCUGGGAAACGAUACCAGAGAAAGAAGAAAGCAAGUCAUAAAAUCUCAGAGGGACCACUUGUGCUGGCCUUUGAAAUGAGGGUGGGCCAGACAUGUAUGUUGAAUGGAGAGUAUUUCAGUCGAGAUGCUUCUGAGCACACCCGACCGCUCUGGUGACGCCACAUGCCCUCAUCAGUGGAAAAGCGGGGAGUGGAACUUGAAUGAUACACUGGGCUGUAAUGAAAGAACCACUUUAUCUUCUCUUUUAUACUUGCCAUUGUUUCAGUUCUGAUUUUAACAAAUGUAAGCAACCCAUUUUGUCUGUUACACACCAGAAAACUUAUAUUUUGUUUGUUAUUCUGCUGUUCAAUUAUCAGUUCAUACUGAUUUUAACCUAUAUCAUUUCAUUCAUCUGAAACUAUUGAAAAUAUUCCUCAUACACAUUUUUUUUUCUUUUACACUACCUAGAAGGAACCUUUGGUUAAUACAACACUAAGCAGUUAAAGUUUUGGUAUUUACCUUAGUGAAGACUGGCAUAUGCUGGUUUGGGGCUGUGACCUCCAAAUUUUACCUCAGGUAGGCAUUACAUUCUUGAAAAUGAAUAUACUUUGCAGCAGUUCAAGUACAUUAGUGGUGUGCACCAAACUCUUCUUGGAGCCCAGACCCUGACAGGGCUGCCUGGAAGUGUCACUGUAUUGGAAUUUGAGCUCAAGAUAUUACUACCUGUAUCAUUUCAUUCGUCCUGUGGUUCAUUCAACAAGCUUUUAUUUUGUUAACUUUGCUCCCAGGACUAUAGUAAAUACGAAAAAUUAAAUAGAAUUAAUAGCUUUUGAAAAUUUAACAAGACACAGGUAAAUAUUUUUCCUUAUUAAGUUCCACAUCGAUUAGAGGGCCUCUUUCUUUUGGUAAAUGGCACUCUUUUUGUUUGGAGAUGUCUACUUUUCCAUGAAAUUAAAUAGUAGUUGAAGCCCUGAAAGAGGCAAGACUUCAAUGGGCUGAAACUGUGUGUGUAUCAGCCCCAAGGGAGUGAUUUGUUUCCUUUUCACAGCAGAAUCAGGUCCAUGUCUUUUGUGGUUUCCUUCUUAUCUUUGGGGUAGUUAUGACUUCUCAGCUUUUCCCCCCUUAAACUGGAGUCCCUGUUCUCUUUUCCUGACCCGACCUGCUAUCAGGUAUCAGUAUUUUGAAUACAUACUGCUAAUGUAUCAGACUUCCAUUACUGUCAUUAACAUGAGAAGAAUUACAGCCUGGUGCCCCAUGACCUCAUUCUGUUUGCAGCUCAGUUGACUAUGUCAUUCACAAAUGCCUAAAGCGUGCUUAUCCCAGGUCUAAGCCUCAGGAUUAAGAGCUAGUGAAUAAGAGCAAUAUAAUAGUAACAAUAUCUGGUAAAGCAGUAAUUUGUGGCCCAUUUUAAAAGAAGUAAUUCUUUAAAAAUAAGACCCACAUCUAAGCUUUUUUGUGCUUUCUUAGACAGUAUUAAUCCCUGUGUUACAAUAGAAUGAUUCCUGCACAUUCACCUUUUGUGACUGUCUGUGUGAGCCCCUUUAAAGGUAUGCAUCUACUUCCAGCUGUUUCAAGCUAAGGUAACACAUAAACCAGAUUACUCAGUUUAGCACUUCAAAUUAUAUAUUAAAACCUUCUUUUAAGGUAAAUAUGUAAACUACACAAGUGACAAAAACUAGUAUUUCUUUGACAAAAGUAUUUGGCAUAUUUGAAGCCUAGUUAAUAUUAACAAGUUGAUUUCUUUACCCUGAUAGGCUGAAAAAGUUUUUUAAAAAUUGGGUCUCCUGAGUAAAAGCCAUAGUUUGAAAAUAAGAAUUAAUGCCAAGUCUUCUGUCCUUGGUGAGGAUAGCAGGUAGUGAGAGAAAAGUGGACAAGGGAGAAUGAACCGGAAAACAGGAAGUGAGAUAAUUUUUCAGUGUCUAGUUUCAGUGCCUUCAAAGAGAAUUACAUGUACUUUUGGCCACUUAGACAUGCCAUAGUAAAUACACAAAGGAAUUAUUUUAAGCCAGUUAUCUAAUUUCUUAACAUUUCUACUUGUCAGCUACCAUUCCUCCUCUCCUACAUUAUGUUAAUAGUUUUACUACCACAUUAAUGAGUAGCAGAGUAGUGAAAGCCUGGACUUUGAAAUCAGACAGGCCCGAGUCAGAUAAGAGUUCAAACCCACUAACUGCUCUAAGCUUGGGCAAGAUAUUUAACCCAGUCAGAGCCUCUGUUUACUCAUUAGGCUGGAGUAUUAAAUCAGGCAUCUUACAAAGCACCUUACACACUACUGGGCAAAUAGUAGACAUUCAGUAAAUAGUUAUUACUAGGUGACAGUACAGAUUCGAUGGUACUCCAGAUGCUUGUGUGCUAGACUUUAAACACCAGCUGGAAAGGUGUCUCCAAGGUGAGGAUAAUACUUAAGAGUGGCCAUGAAGAUGAAUUUAGAAGAGAAAACAUGUAACAUGCUUAUUACAAUAACUACCACACAUUAUGCCAAGCUUUUACAUAGUCCUUUACAGUUACUGUUUUAUUCAGCCUUUAUAACAACAGAGUAAAGUAGCUACUAUUAUCUCCAUCUUAUAGGAGAGAGAACGAAGUUGUGAUUGGCCAACUCAGGCCCUUUCAGUUGACAGAUGACUUUGAGAUGAAAAAGGAGGAGAAACUGCUUUAAGUUCAGGCUAGUGACAGGGACAGCCCCAGAUCCUACCAUUUAAAGGCUAGGAGGUACUCGAUGUUCACAUACUAAAUGCAGAAUAUUCCAACCUAAAAUCCUAAUUUAUUUCCUCUUGCUUGUUAGCAAAAUGUAUUCCUCUUCCCUAAAGCUUUUACGUAAAGAGAUUGAUUGGUGGGGAGGGGAGGAAGGGGGUGGAAUCUAAGGAAUAAAAGAUAUAAAUGUGUAUGAGUAAGUACAAGAAGCAUAAUAAACAGAGCAGUCCCUGUGG